AUGGCCUUUUAUAAUGAAAAUCUAGGCAAUCGUAUAAUGGAGUUGUUUAACUAUCCAAUACCGGAUCGCUGUUUGGAACUAACACAAUUGUUUGAGCGAUGCAGCCUGCGUGAGUUACAGGACAUAUUCCCGACAAUUGUACAGUCAGUGUUUGGCAUAGGUAGUGGUGGUCUUGGCUGGGGGCUGCGUGCGACCACAAAAGAGAAUUCACAAAUGUGUUUCGACAUACUGCAUGAUUUUUUCUCGCCGAUGGGAUCUAUGUUACGGUUGUGUUAUCGACUGCUAAACGAUGCUAUUAAGUUUGAAUUCAGUCUGGAUUUACUGCCGCACAAAGUCAGCGAGAUGAUACAGUCUGGUCAGUAUUCGCUUUUCUACGCCGACCUUGUGAACAUUGAUCCUUUUCGACGCCAAGUGACAUCGCUUCUCCUGAACGCUUUCGAUUAUUAUAUGCUUCAUUUUGUUAUACAUGCCACAUUUCCACUGCAUAAAAUGUAUCCAGCGGCAUUGCAAGUGCACAAUGAACGCAUGAAAACUGUGUACUUCUUUUUAACAGCAGAAUACCUUGGCACUUUUUUGCCGGACAACCCAGAUGCGAUCGUUUAUCCGACCAAUAUUUGUACGUCGGUAAAGGCACCUCAACCGCUGCAACCAGUACAACCGCUGCAGCCGCAACGUUCGCCAAAAUAUUUGAAAAUACCAACAAAUACUAGUUUGUUUCAGACAGACGCCCCAUCAACGUCUGCGGCAGCUGCAGCGGCUGUACAGGCCGCACGGAGCUGUGAGUCGCCGCGAACGCAUUGCUGGCGUACCGAAUCAGUGCUACACUUCUUCGUCGAUACAUGGCUGCGCUACGAUAUCGAUGAGGCGAGGGACCUGCCAAGCAGCGAGUUUAUACGCGUUGUGCGCAUACUUGUAAAGCAAGUGCACACAUUCGCUAAUUCGAUGCACAUGGAUCAUACUCCGAUGGCGAUACUUCGCAAGCUGGCUCAUCCAAUGAUGAAAACUCGCAUAUAUCCUUUCUUAAAAAGCAUUAUAGGUCGCUGGCCGCUAGACAGCUCAUUGUCAGUGGUUCUAGAAUUAUGGCUGAGCUAUAUACAACCUUGGCGUUAUAUGUUCGAUUUACAAAAUACAAACCUCUAUGGUGGUGGCAAUUUUAACGCAGCGACUAGUGCUAGUGGUAUGAUGCCUAGCUCCACUGGAAGUGAAACGUCCGUGAGUCAACGUUUCAGUACAUUUAUAGCCGAGAAUUUGGUAAUAUACACGCAGGUCUUUGUAUAUAUAUUACCACGCUUUGAGCGACUAGAUUUCACAUCGUUCAGAAAUGUUAUUAUGCUGCACAGAUUGGUAAAGGUUUUUAACCAGCCUAAUCUGCCAACAAUGUUAUGCCAAGCAGAGCAAGCUUACAUUUGCCAACUUGGUAUUGACUCGCCCAGAAAACAUUCAGUUUACUCCAGGCACGGCAAAAAUGAAUGGGAUGGUAUGUUUCAUGAAGAAAGCUAUACGCCACUUUUUGGUUCAGCUGUGAAAUGUGAAAUCGAACAAGUAAUCAAAACAGUUUGCAUAUCACGUUUAUAUGUGCUACAGGAAAUCGAUAGCAUACGACAUGAUAUUGUGAAACAACGUAAGUCGCAUGGCUUUUUGCGUAAAAUGUUUGCCAGCCUCUUUGAGGACGUCUCACCGGCGGAAUUGAAAUUACAAGAGAUUGGUAAAAUACCAGAUAUACUCGAUUUAGCUGUGCGUUCAUUAGCCAAUAUGUUUGAUGUACGUUUGCCGGAAAUAACAAUGGAACAAGUACACGAUCGCAGCAGUCCGCCACUAAAUUUUUCUGCAUAUGAUAGUAGUGAUUAUUUGGAUAUUGCAAAAGUAACACCAAUGCAGAUGCAAAGUAAUAUAGCGAAUUUAUCAGCGACAAUCGAUCCCGCCACAUUACCUAUACAGGAUUAUGAAGUGAAAUUUUUAGUACGUUUUUUGCACAAAAUUUCUUGUCGCUUAAAUGAAAUGUUUGGUGAAGAAAUCGAAACUUUGUGGUGUCGUCCAGAUUUUGUGGGUAAAUUAGCACGUCAAUUACUCUACCCGCCCAUGACGCAGCAAUGGUUUGACAAAUCAAGAGGUGUCAGUGAAUUGUGUGAGGAACGUCUACCCGCCCGUAUCUGCUUGCGUCCGUUGGCUUCUUACAAAGUUUUGGGACUUAUCAUAUUGUCCAUGCUUCUCGGCUACUCACUGUGGCAUGCGCCUAUUUACGGACUACUAAUUUUUAUACUAAUAUUUCUUUUAUAUAUAACUAUACUAGCUUUAUGUGUGUAAUUUGUAUAUUAUGUAGCUAUAUAUAAUUUUAUUAUUGUC